CCCAUAAAAAGAAAAACAAACCACAGGGGGUGUAGUAAAUAUUGUCCGUCCAUCUCGGUAGGAAUCUAACCAACCAUUUUGUCGCCUGUGGGUUUAUUCCUUAGUUGGGUCUAUACGCAGUUGGAUCAAUUUCUAUCACUGUGUACACGUUUGUAGAGUUGAAUAAAAGCAUUUAAGUUUCGAAACAACAGUUAUAUUGCCCUAUUGGUUUAGAUUCUCGCUUGCUGAUAACUGAAAUAUUUUACUUUUCGAGAACAAUAGUCGACACAAAAUGAUUGACAGAUUUGUCAAGUGGUAAUUUAUAUCUAGCAAAAAACCUGUGUUAUUCGUCAUUCGAGAGGUAGACUGUCAAGCUGUGACGUUCAAGCGACUCUGUGAUUUGCCCUUUAGCGUUUUAAACCUUCAGGUUGUCAAGUAGAAGCAAGAAUGAGUCUGAUCAACAAUCUUUCGAGCACACACUGGCAGCAAGUAGGAAAUUCACCUAGUCUAGAAUUCAAAGAGUACAUUAUCACACGUUCCCAAAAAGACGGAAGCGUUUAUAAAUACGCUGUCCGUGCCGCUGACGAUAACGACGCCCCUCCGAGGAUAUUUCAUUUGGAGGGCGGUGACGAGAGGAAAGACCCGCUGAAAGAAUACCGCAUGUUGGAGAUCGUGACGCGCGCGGAUGGAAACAAGGUCUUUAUAACUGGGAUCAGAAAUGGCGGAGAUUGCGUUGUGAAGAUCUGAUCACAGAUCAAGAGUCCCAAUCAUUUUGUCACAGAAAUGCACUUUAACUGUUUUGUGAGAAUCGUUAAUUGUGAAAGUAGUGUAUCUCAGCUUGUGUUUAGUUACGAAGAAAUCUCAUGGCCCAAGAAA